AUGUGGUGUUUCAUUUUGACUCGGAACCUAUUUGAGUCUAGAGAUGAUUAUGAGAAGACUGAACUGGAGCUUAGUGAAGAAAUCACCAAACUAAAAGAUGCUCAGAAAGCUCAGUCUGAGAAGGUAUUCGCUCUAGAGAUGCGCCUAGCUGAAGAUAAACGGCGUAAGGAAAGUCUAGAGUCUGAGAGCCACACAUCCAUAGCUUGGCUUACUGCAGAAGUAAAAGCGACUAAGGAUUCCAAUGACGAGCUUCAUAAAGCUCUAAAGAAAUCUCAAGUUGACAUUCUCUCUGUCGGUGACGAGGUCUUUGAAAGAACCAAAGAGAAGGUACUAUGUCUUCACCACGGGUUGGAUCUGUCCGAAGUGGAUUAUUUCAAGGUGGUGCAGGAUGGUCGUCUUAUGGAUCUGGAAGAGGUUGUCACUACCAUACCCGUUGAGCCAAAUCCUGAAGCCACUGUUGUCAAAGUUGUCAAUGACGGGAAAGAUGACCUCGAUGAAUGA